UUUCUUGCAGACACCAUAUAACUGUCUACAUUAGUCUAACACAUUCAUUAUAGUAACGCAUUUGACCGUAGUUUGAGGGACGUCACUCCAUGCCCUUUGACACACUAAAGUGGAUCACCUUAUCAGCCCUCGCCUGACAAGCGAAGGAAAGGACUUCAACAACUCUUCGAUGGGGCCAGAACGCUCUCGCCCUACCAAGACAACAACUUGAUAGCGCGGCGCCUUAGACGUCAAGACAUGCAUCAGUUGCCGUGUCAACCACGUCCUAGCCACGAAGGAUGACGCACGAACUUGACCGCACAACCCCCAGGCCCGCCUUCCGUCCGGCCUACUCCACCGGAGCUUUCAAAAGAGCGAACAACGGUCGCUUCUCGGGGACAUUCUGAUAUAUCCGUUGUUUUGCGGACCUUGGAUCCAACAUUGCCUCUCCGUCGUGUUUUUCCUUGUUUUUUGAUCAUUGUUGACGAAUAAAUUGUCAACCUGUUUUCGGGGAGCCUUCUUUAAACCGUUCAAAAUGGAAUCAGUACAAAGGGUUAACACCGGAGUGAACGCACUGAAUUUGGUCUCGCCGGCUGACUUGCUGUGGUGGCGCCAUCUGGCUCGGCUGUCGCUGUUCCGGCGGCUUGGCCGGGGGGCCGAAUUCCUUCACCCGGCAUUGGUUAAGAGUGGCUAUUGGCCCGCUCUCAUUGGACUGGAGCAGGUCAAUAGCGAUAGCUGCUUGGCGUGCAAAGUGAUCACGUGUCAUCACACAACAGAGAGUGUAGUGAGCGUCAGGAGCAAAAAUGGCUGCGGUGGAGUCUUAUAAUACUGGACCGGUAAAUGGUAUCGGCACCCUCUUUGGGUACUCACCGAUACUACCAGCCGAUACUGGUAUCGGUGCAUCUUUACUUAGGAUCAAUUUCUGUUGAUUAUGGACCGCUUUCUGAUUGUUUAGGGACAUUGCCAGGUCAAUUCCUGUACAAUUUCGGGCUUACCGUAGUCACUUCCUGUACAUUUUGGAUUAUUUCCUGUUGAUUUUAGGGCAUUCCUGUUUCACUUCCUGUUCAUUGGUCACCUCCUGUGGAUAAUGGUGCAUUUCCAGGUAACUUCCUGAUGGUUAUGGGCUACUUUGGGUCUCUUUGUUUAUUCUGGACCACUUUCUGAUGGUUUUGGGGCAUUGUCGGGUCACUUCCUAUACAUUUCUGUCACUUUUAGUUCAUUUAGGGUCAGUUCUUGUUUUUGUGCCUUGCAUAGCCACGUACUGUACAUUCUGAAUCAGUUCCUGUGGAUUUUAGGGAAUUCCUGCUUCAUUUCCUGUCCAUUGGUCACUUUAUGUGGAUUUUGGUGCAUUUCCACGUCACUUCCAGUUGGUUUUGGGGCACCUAGGGUCAUUUUCUGUUGAGUCUGGACCACUUUUGAUAGUUUUGGGGCAUUGCCAGGUCACUUCCUGUACAUUUCACUUCCUCUACAUUUUGGGGCCUUCCGUAAUCACUUACUGUACAUUUUUGGUCAUCCCCUGUUGAUUUUAGAGCAUGGCUGGUUCACUUCCUGUUCAUUGGCCACUUCCUGUGGAUUUGGUGUAUUGCCAGAUCACUCCCUGUUGGUUUUGGGAUUCUUAGGGUCACUUUCUGUUGAUUACGGACUGCUCUCUGAUGGUUUUGGGGCAUUACCAGGUCACUUCCUAUACAUUUUGGUCACUUUCUAUUUAUUUAGGGUCACUUCCUGUACAUUUUGGGUCAUUUCCUGUUGAUUAUAGGGCAUUACUGGUUCACUCCCUGUUCAUUUUUUUACUUCCUGUGGAUUUUGGUACAUUUACAGGUCAAAAACAUGAUUAAUUUCACACUACAUAAACAGUUAUUACUAAGAGUGUGACAAUAUCUCGAUACAGCGAUAUAUCGCGAUAUUUUGCAACCCGAUGGGUUAUCGAUAUGCUCCCGCCAAGAAUCGAUACUUUUAUUUAACAUAUUUGCCAUACAAUGGAGUAUGGAUGCUGUAAACUGCUCAAUGUUUGUUGAGCAAUUCCUUGGCGGUCCACAAGGGGCGCUCGGGAGUGGCGGUGAGGGUAAAGUGCGCACAAGUUGUCUAGAGAAGAAGAGAGGCAGCUCCUAGUGGGUUGAAAAAAUAAAAAAGCUCCGUGAGAACGGUGGAGGAAAAAAUGAGAAAAAUAUUGCCACAAAUCACACAUGGGGACACACUUUAGAUUUUACACCAACAAGAAAGGAAGUAAGGUGAACAAGGACUUUGCUGUAUGCAACAAUUGUCUAACAAAAAUAAGGUUCACUGGGAGCUGGUGACGAAGGGCACACCUGAUUUCUUCCCUGCUUCGCAUUCAUCACUUGAGGGAGCCAAAUGGUUCGGAGAUGACGGCAGGAUCAUCUCUCUGCCGGACCCCAUCAAGGAAUCGUCUAGCAGACCGCCGCUCUUCCAUAUGGAGGACGAUCUGGACCCAGCCCUGCAAACGUUCUACAUGAAGCCACUCCAGUCCAAGCAUACAAAUCUGUCCAUCUGUGCUGCGGAUGCUGUCCUAGGCGACUACCAGCUAGAUGUGGACGUGUCGGGCCUUAUUUUCUCCCAUCACCCACUCUUCAGCCGCGAACACGUGCUGGCGUCACGUCUGGCCCAGCUGUACGACCAGUACCUCAACCGGCAACGUAACAACCUCACGGAGCACCUCACCGACAAGUUGAACGGGCUGAGAAACACCAUGAGGAACAUGCUGGAGAUCCACAGCGAGCAGAACCUCUCUCAAGCCUUGCAGCAGAGGAUCGUGGAGUACAGCAUGGAGGUCAAGAACACGCGGGAACUGCGGGACGGUGAGCAGGAGAAGGAUAGGACGCUGUUGAAGAGCUUGGUCAAAGUCUGGAAGGAGCUGAAGGCCUUAAGAGAACAUCAGAGGUUCAUCAACACGCCUUACAAGCUCUUCUUAAGACGGGAGACUGUGGACCGCGAGUCGGACGAACGCGAGUACGAGAAAGACAUUUUGUCCGAGGUGUGGGAGCUGGAGGCCGAGGCCGAGGUGGACUACCAGACCAAGCUGAGCGAAUACAAGAAACAGCUGGACGAGUGGAAGGCUUGGAGGAAGAAACAGAAAUCCAAGAAGAAGAAACGAAAGAAGAAAGCGCAGGACGAAACGGAAGAAGACGACCAGGAAGCCAGUGAACCCGAAGGACCACCUGACGAAGGCCCGUCCAAGCCGGACACCCCGGAAAAGCUGGAGUUGGACACCAUCGUGAAGCAGGUCCGCGAGAAAGCGGCCAGGAUUCGCAGAAAGCCGGGCGAGGCCAUCUUGAUCCCGGAGCUGACCGCUUCUGGAAACGUCUCGGAGGGAGAGCUCUGCCCCAGGGGCGAAGUGGCUCGCCGGCAUGAAGUUGCGAGACGAUUCAUCUUUGUCAAGAUUUUGUACAACGACAAAGAAGUCUCGCAGACCAACAGUUUCCCGCUCAACCCCGAUUUCCGAGUGCACUUUGGACAGAUUUUCAAUCUGAGGAUCGUCAACUGUCCCCGAAGCAUUACCUUACAGGUGUUUGAAGACCUGGGCUCAUUGUAUACCAUGCUAGCAGAGGUCUACGUGCCCGUGCCGCCUUCGUCGGUGCUGGCGGGCAACUCCUCCAUAGAGGAGUUUGAGUUCAGCAGCAACCAGAGAGAGAUGUUUGACCACGAAGGCGUCGGAAGCGGCGUUCCGCUUUCGUUCACGGGCGACGCCAGCGACAAUGUGAUCCUGUUGACGUCCGGGAAGCUCUCGUGCUGCGUUUCGUGGGGCGUCGGCGAGGACAAUGUGCCGCUCGCGCCUCCCCUGUCACAGCAUCCUGGCGCUCAUCACGGCGGCCAGUAUGACGCCGUCUCCCCUCUCGCUCCAUCUGGCAAUGUGAAAAAAAUUGGCGAGUGGGCCAUGCAGUCUCGACUGGACCCCAACGAUCCCGUAAAUGCCUCAGUCAUGCAGAUGCUCAAAGUGGCUAGCAGCGGUCAGGUGUCGGCGCCGGACUUCUUCCGUCUGGAGCAGCUUCAGGAGGAGUUCAACUUCGCCAGCGACGAAGAGCUGGCACGCUCGCGGCGCUUCCGCCUCCUAGCGUUGAGGAGCCAGGAGGUGCCUGAGUUUCGCAAUUACAAAUAUGUACCGUCUCGUGAGAGGGAGGUCUCUGAGAAAGUUUUUCAGGGUUAUGAGAAGAGGCUGAAGGAAGGCGAGAUGAUCGACACCAAAGAACAUCUGGACUUCCACCGAGCCUUGGUGGCCAAGUACCUCCAAAAGAUACGUGAAGCCGUCAUUCACAGGUUCCUCCUGGCCAGCCAUCACUUCCUACUGUCCGACAUGGUCAUCGAGGAGGAGAUGCCAUGUUUUGGCGGAGCACGUUUACGAAGAGUGCCAGAUCGCCACCUUCGAGAUAGCACUGAGUUUUUAGAGAUGAGGAGUCCAAAGCUGUUAAAAAUGACUGGCAGGGCAGAGAUGCUCAAUGGUGCCGGUCCAGGAAUCCUGGGUUUAAACCUCUUCCACCUGGCGGAGCCCAAACGUCCUCUGAGGCCUCAGAGGAAGGAGAGGAAGAAAGUGACAGCUCAGAACCUGUCGGACGGCGACAUCAAACUACUGGUCAACAUUUUGCGGGCGUACGAUAUUCCCGUGCGCCGCUCGCAGGGCGGUAAAGCGGGACCGUCGCCUCAAGGCGCCAUCCAGGGCAGCGAUUGGCUGGUCAACCAUGUCCAAGUGCGGCCUUUCGUGGAGGUCUCCUUCCAGCGGAACGUCUUCCAGACCACCACCGCCGACGGGCCCAACCCCUGCUGGAACGAGGAGCUGCAGCUGCCUUUUCGCGCACCCAACGAUGACUACAGCGUGGCCAGCUUGCAGUCGGUCAAAGACGAAGUCUUCAUCAACAUAUUUGACGAGGUGGUGCGCGAAAUGGGAGCGAGAGAGAACGGCGAAUCGCCGCAGACUCGGGUGGAGAAGCACUGGCUGGGUUCCGUCAAGAUUCCUUUCAGCACCAUCUACUCGCAGUCUAGGAUUGAGGGUACGUUCAAGGUGAAGACGCCGGCCGUACUGCUGGGCUACAGCAAGGAGCGUAGCCAGCCCAACGCCGGCGUCUACGAGAGCGUGCACAGCCUCUGCCAGGGAGCCUUCAUCACACUUUUCAUCACCAUCGAGCCACUGCUGCAGCCCGGCGAGUCCAUCAGGGAGAAGAUUAAAGAACUCAAGGUAACUAAAACUAGAGUUUUCCCCGCCGUUUUCCGUUGUCCUGUUUGCUUAUUGAUUCAUUUUUUUAAAAAUCCUUUCCAGUUCGACAGCCAAGAGGACGAGCGUCUCCUGCAGGCGGCCGAGCGUUUCGAGCGAGCGGCGGCCGAAGGGUUCCCUGGCCGCCCGUGCGCCACCACCGCAGUCGACCUCAACGGCAAGACCGUCUUCAUCACCCGCUACAUUCGCCCGCUCAACCCGCCGCCGGAAAUCAUGUCCGACCAACCCCAAGAGGACGCGAUUCAAGUGGCACGAUUCGUGUCGCUCAUUCCGUCGCUACCUGACAAAGUUUCUUUUUCUGGCAUCUGCGACCUAUGGAGCACAUGUGAUCAAUUCCUGAUGUUGCUGGCAGGAGAUGAAGAGGAACACGCCGUGUUGUUGUGCAACUACUUCCUAUUCCUGGGCAAGAAGGCGUGGCUGAUUAUCGGCACUGCCGUACCAGAGGGAUUGAGCGCGUACGUGCUGACGUUGGAGCAAGGCCGCUACCUGAUCUGGAACCCCAGCAGCGGACAAUACUACGGCCAGUACGACACCUUCUGCCCCCUGCAGGCGGUCGGGUGCCUGGUCAACGCUGACAAUGUGUGGUUGAACAUUCAAGAGCACGUGUCCCCAAUGAGGAUUAGCUUUGACGUGAGCAGAGGUGUCGGUUGGCGCCCCUUUUUCAACCGAUUUUUCACGCACCCGGGGCUCUCCAGCGUGCAGCCAGAAGAGCUGGUGUACCGGGGCUCGGACAAAACCGCCGCCGUGGAACUUCAAGAGAGGAUGGAGAAGCUGCUCCGCGACAAAGUCAUGGAAUGGCGCCCCCAGCGGCCCACUCGUUGGAAUCGUUACUGCAGCAGCGCCCUGAAGCAUUUCCUGCCCAGUCUGGAGCAGUGCGCCGUGGCGCUCGGGAGCGGCGCCCACGACCUCGCCGAGGGCCACCGACACGAGUUGGAGAACUUGCUCGGCGACAACCGGAUAUCAGGGUUCCCGCUACACAUGGCCUUCUCGGAAAUGGGCCCCAUAGUGGAGGCGGUGCACAGCACGGGGGUGCACACCAUCCAGACGUCCAACGUGGAGUUCGCCCUGGCCGUCUACGUGCACCCGUACCCCAAUAACGUGCUGUCCGUCUGGGUCUACCUCGCCUCUCUCGUGCGCUCCUGAUUUUACUCUUGUAAAGAAAUAUAUUUUUCUAAUCUGCUUUUUCUGAGGUGAGAUGCCGUAGAUGUCCAAUCCAUUUGGACGGGGAGGGCUGAGGUUGAAUUGAUUUUUAUAUGUAUAAUUUUUUUAUUUUACAUUUUUGUCAUUUGAACAAAAAAAAAUGGGACAGAGUGAUAUAUAUAUAUAUAUAUAUCUUUUUUUUUUUAAAUUUAACAGCUAUGCAAAUUAAUUUAUUGGCCGCCAAUGACGGCGAUAGAUGUCGAACAUAUACGGACAUAUAAUUGUCGUCAAUGGCGGCCAAUAAGUUAAUUUGCAAAGCUGUUUUUUUUUUUCCCUUUUAAUAAAAAAAUGAAGAAAAAUAUGAAAAUUUGUUCUGAACUAGUAAAUAUUUUAGUUUUUGAUUGUUAAAAAUUAAUGGUAAACAUUUUUUAUUUUACAUAAGAAAAAUUGCAAAAUUAAAAUUUUUUUAUAUUUUUUUCCCAAAUUCAACUUUAAAAAAAUAUAUAACUAGGGCUGUCAAAAGUAUCGCGUUAACGGGCGUUAAUUUUUUAAAAAUUAAUCACGUUAAAAUAUUUGACACACAUGCCCCGCUCAAACAGAUUAAAAUGACAGCAAAGUGUCAUUUCCACUUGUUACUUAUAUUUUUUGGGUGUUUUGCCGCCCUCUGGUGGCGCUUGGGUGUGACUGAUUUUAUGGGUUUCAGCACCAUUAUAGUUAUUGACAUCAACAAUGGCGAGCUACUAGUUUAUUUUUUGAGUGAAAUUUUUACAAAUUUUAUUAAAAUGAAAACAUUACGGGGGGUGUUGAUAUAACAUUUCUAUAACUUGUACUAACAUUUAUCUUUUAAGAACUACAAGUCUUUCUAUCCACAGAUCGCUUUAACAGAAUGUUAAUAAUAUUAAUUAAUUAAUUAAUAAUUUACAGAAUAUGGCAUAUUUAUAGAUGGUUUGAAUUGUGAUUAAUUACGAUUAAUUUUUAAGCUUUAACUCGAUUAAAAAUUUUAAUCGUUUGACAGCCCUAAUGAAACCCCCUCUUAAUGUUUUCGUUUUAAUAAAAUUUGUAAAAUUUUCAAACAAAAAAUAAACUAGUAGCUCGCCAUUGUUGAUGUCAAUAAUUACACA